AUGUCUAGUUCACUUGAAGAGAUCAAGUCUAUUUUUGAAUUGACAAAUGAUACUUUCAAGUCAAUUGUCAAUGGUUUUAAAGCAGAAUAUGAAAGUGGUCUCAAGACAGCAUCAGCAUCAGGCCUUGCUACAAUGAUUCCGUCUUAUGUUACCAAUUUACCUUCAGGUAAAGAAACAGGCACUUAUCUUGCCUUGGAUCUGGGUGGUAGUACACUUCGAGUCUGUGCAGUUGAGCUCUUGGGCGACUGUAAGACAAAAGUUACCGAGAUUCGUCGUCAGAUUGCACCUAACGAUCCGCUCCGUACAAGUGGAGCCACAGCUUUCUUUGAUUGGAUUGUGGAUGCAGUUGCUGAAUUAUUGAAAAAAAUUGGCUACGAUACUGUCCAUUCUGAGGGCCCUGUCUCAAUGGGUGUAUGUUGGAGUUUCCCAGUAGAUCAGACAAGCAUCUCAGGUGGAAAAAUUCUUCGGAUGGGUAAAGGCUUUACAAUAGACGGUGUUGAAGGAUAUGAUCUAGCCAGUUUAUUUGAACAGUCAUUUAGACGCAAGGGUGUCAAUGUAAAAGUCAUGGCUUUAUUGAAUGAUACAGUGGGUACUUUGGUUGCCCAUGCUUAUACCAACCCUGAUGCUCGCGUGGGAUUUAUUUAUGGCACUGGUGUCAAUGCAGCAUACCCAGAAAAAGUAUCUCGCAUGAUAAAACUACAAGGACAACAUCAAAAUUACGCUGAAGAUACAAAAAUGCUUGUCAAUACAGAAAUUGACAUUUUUGGAAGCGAUGCCUACCUUCCUCGGAAUAGGUAUGACAAAGAACUAGAUGCCAACCAUUCUCAACCCGAUUUUCAACUAUAUGAAAAAAUGAUGUCCGGUGCUUGUAUUGGUGAACUGGUUCGGCUGGCAGCAUUGGAUUUGAUCAAAGAAGGCAGUUUGUUUGAUGGACAUCAACCUCUUGAAUUUGAAAAAGCCAUGGAAUUUGGCACAGCUAUCACAAGCGAUAUUGAAAGUCGUCUCAAUGAUGCUAAAGAAGUACGUCUAGAACAUUUUGAAAGCUUAUUUCACUUUCAAGACGAUUAUAAGGUGACUGAACAGGAUCUUGAUUUGGUAACCGAAUUGUGUACCAUUGUUUCUAAUCGAGCAGCCCGUUUGGCUGGUGCUGCUAUGGCUUCGUUGAUUGAACAACAACAAGACCUACUUGAAGGAACAGGACCUAUUGUGAUUGGUGUAAAUGGUUCUACUUAUGAAAAAUACCCUACAAUGCAUCAUCGUAUUUAUCAAUCCCUUGCUGAAUGGUUCGGAUCCCAAGUCAGCCAGAGAAUCAAGGUUGAAUUAGCAACAGAUGGAGGUAGUAUUGGUGGCGCACUUAUUGCCAUGUUGGCUGAGAAGGAAGAGAAAAAAAGGUAA